GUUACCUUGCUGACUUUGUCGUAUUGAAAUGGAUACCUAAUCUUCUGUAUAUAAUUCAAAGAGAUUUAUGCAAGAUGCUAACAAACUUGUAUAAUCUCUCAUCCAUAAUGGAAACUUUAAACUCUAACAGCUUACUUAGCCUCCAUAGAACUCGAAUAAUAUCCGAGGUUCGAUUAUCUUCCCCUUCAAUAAAUGGAAGUAGCUUCAUCAACUUAUCAACAUUCAAGAUUCAGCGAAGUGCAAGUUCAAAUUCAUUAGCUUGGAGCAAUAUGAAUUUAAGAAAAAAUUGCAUGGGAGCAGUAAUUGCAGCACAGGGCAAUGAUAAAGUUGAAGUAUCAGCUGCUACUCCAGGCCCUUCUUCUGAAAACCCUUGGUAUAAGUGGUUGCUUGGUGUAAUUAUAUCAUUAGUCUUCCCCUUUGCACGUAAUAAAUGGGGACCAUUAUUGACUUUAAAAAAUAAAGUAGACACGGCGGUGGAGACGGUUGAAGUGGUGGUAGAAACAGUUGAAAAAGUGGCAGAGGGAGUCUACCAUGUUGCUGAUGAAGUGGCCAAUCAACUUCCAGAAGGUGGGAAAUUGCAAAACAUAGUUUGUGAAGUAGCAAAUGUGGCGGAGGAGGCGGCAAAAGAUGCCCACUUCGUAGAUCAACUCAUUGAAAAGGUCGAAGACAUUGAGAAACAAGUGGUAUCUACUUUUUUGGGUGAAGAACAAGAAACGGCCACAAAAGUAAAAGACAGCGAAAUCAAAGAAGAUAAUACACAAACUAAGAAAGAAUUGGAACAAAAACAAGAGAAAGCCUUGGAAUUUCAAGUCCCAAGUGAUGCAAGUAUAGAUGAUCAGCCUAAAUAAUCCAGAAUUCAUUUAUUUAAUUUUCGUGCUUAUUAGUGAUCACUUUGAUGUGAUUAUAUAUGAUAGAGCAUAAUAAUACAGAUUGGGUGAAUUUGUAGCA